AUGGCGAGCCCCAUUGAACUACCUCUGGUGGACAUCUCCAACUCGCAUGAUGUGGUCGCCGGGAAGAAACUGCUCGAUGCGGCUGCGAAACAUGGAUUUCUGUAUAUCGACAGCAACAGCACGCUGCUCACCACGUCGGAUGUUGACCGGAUCUUUGACCUGAGAGGAGAUUUCAAAGAGUGA